AUGUGCCGGCACCUGCUGUUAAAGAAGAAGCCCACAUCAAAGAUAACGUCACUAAGCUGACAAAAACUGCCCACGAAACAGUGGCGGAGUUUGGAUACAACCAGCAACAAUUUUUGUGGAUUAAUUUUGCUCUUGGAGUCGUCUUUUCACGUUUUUUUUAACUUGGCUACUUUGUUUCCGGAUACUGCUACGGCAACCCUCGCCCCGUGCUGGAUGUGAGCCCUGCGUUGAAACCACUGCACCAAGGAAGCAUGCUGGCCGCCAUCCAGCACCACAGCACUGGUGGAGGUGGCGGUGAUGGAGGUGGCAGUAGUGGAGGUGGAGGCGGCGGCGGAGGAGGAACGACGGCCGAGAGCGCCUCCAUGUUGAGAAGGGCCUCCGAGGGCCCCCCGAUGCACUCGCUGAGCCUAGACAACCCCGCCCCGGACCCCAACUACAUCUUGCAGACGGUCGUCGACAUACGCAAGUUUGCCGAAGUGUUGCUUCAUCUGAAAGAGGCCUUCAACAUCGCAGACGAUGGACGUUGUGACUUCGCAGAGCAUCCAGAGGGCUUCCAACAAGUGGUCGACAAACGUCUGGACGAGAUGCUGGAGGUCCUGAGAGGCAUCAUUGGCAAACACAAGAGCCUCAACUGGGUCACGAUUCACAGCAAAGCUGGAGCCGUCGCCGCUUUAGUCAAGAGAGUGGAUUUUAAGGAGGGGAACGAGAAGAAAAAGCAAAGCCUUUUCAGCGAGAUCCACUCCGCGAUCGACCAGUUGGCGUACGCCGUCAGCAAUGUAGUGUCUGACUUCUUUAUGGGAGAUGUAGAGAACGGAUUGGGGCUCCCCCUAACUGAGAAGCGCACGUCUUUCGACAUCCCUCCUCUGGAAUCCAGAGGAUCCCUAACCCCUGAGAAAGAUGAUCCGCCAGGAUCGCCGACCGGGGUGGAAGAAGUGGACAGGACGCUACUGGCGCGGGACAACGGGGUGGAGUUGGCGCUACGCUACGCCAAGGCCUGGUCCAAGUACACCAAAGAAAUGCUGACGUGGGUGGAGAAGCGUUUCAACAUGGAUAUCGAGUUGGCGAAGUACUACUCCAAAAUGGCCGAAUCCGCCAAGACCCUCGCGAGCCAACAGGAGUUCAUGCCUUUCUGCGAGAUCUACACGGCCGCUUUCCAGAACGACAUCGAGUACAGCAAGCUGAUACGGAGCAACGCCGCUGUCCUCCAGAGCAACAAAUACGUGCAGCCUCUGACGACCCGGAAAAACGAGCUGGACAAACUACGGAAAGAGAUGAAAGAGCAGUGGCAGAGACAACAAAAGAGACUGCAUGAAGCUCAGAGUGCUCUGAAAAAGGCUGAGUUGCAGAAGAGCCAUCGUAAGGAAGAGUACGAAAAGGCCAAGGAGUCUGCCAGCCGGCUGAAGGAGGAGCAAGUGGGAGGAGCUGGAGGCGCGGUCUGGCUCAAACAACGAGAGAAGCGACGCCGGCUGGAAGAGGAAGCCCUGCAAAAGGAUGCUGAGGCGAGGCAGCACUACGAUGCGUGUUGCAACGACCUCAAGGAAAAGACGGUGGAUCUGGCCAAAACCAAGAGUGACAUCAUCACCAAGCUCCGAAAGAUGGUCUUCCAAUGCGACCUCACCCUCAAAGCCGUCACCGUCAACUGGUUCCAGCUCCAGCAGGCCCAGGUGGCGGCGCUCCCCGUCAACCACCGGAGUCUCUGUGACCACGCAAAACUGUACGAGCCCGGCCAGCGCUACGUCAAGUUUGUCCGGAGGGUUUCAGCCAAUGGGCUGGAUUCGUCGGGUGGAAGAAUGUCUCCCACCAACCGCACACCGAUCGGCAGCCGUUCAUCCUCCACUAACCUGUCGCAAAGCUCCGUGACCUCCGACCUCCUUGGUGUGGACGAGGUGGACGGGUCCAGCAGCAGCCCACGGCCCAAGAUCAUGAGCGCCGAUGCCCAAGCAGCACCUCGGCGCCACUCCGCCAAUUUGACGAGCCAGGGCGGGGGGAUGUGGAGCGACUCGGAAAGCGCGGGAGGGAGCAGCGAGUCCCGGUCCAUUGACUCGCCCACCGCCAGCCCAGGAGACUUUAUGAGGAAAAUCCCCAGAACUCCCUCCACUGGCACCAUGUCGUCCGCUGACGACUUGGAUGAGCGAGAGCCCCCGUCGUCCUCUGAGAACUAUACAAGUGAAGUGGUCAUGGAGGACGCCAACUCUCCGGGUCCUUUUAGAAACACGCAGAUGUCCAAAGCUGCUCAAACCCACAAGCUGAGAAAGCUCCGGUCGCCUUCCAAGUGUCGAGAGUGCGAUAGCUUCAUCGCCUUCCAAGGAGCCGAGUGUGAGGAGUGUUCUCUGGCCUGCCACAAGAAGUGUCUGGAGAGUCUGGCCAUCCAGUGCGGCCAUCGGAAGCUCCAGAGGAAGCUGCACCUUUUUGGCGUGGACUUCGCGCAGACGGCGAGUAACAGCCAGGACGGCGUUCCCUUCAUCAUCCGCAAGUGCACGUCGGAGAUCGAGACCCGAGCGCUCAACUUGAAGUUUAUCUACCGCAUCAACGGGGCCAAGUCCCGUGUGGAGAAGCUGUGUCAGGCGUUUGAGAACGGCAAGGACCUGGUGGAGAUGUCCACCCUUUACCCCCACGACAUUAGCAACGUACUCAAACUCUACCUGAGACAGCUCCCGGAGCCGCUCAUCCUUUUCCGCUUCUACAACGACCUUAUCGGUCUGGCCAAAGACAGCCAAAGUGGAAUUGGGGCCGAUCUGGAAGCAUCUCGCCUGAGUUCCUCCCCAGUGCCUCCAGCUCAGGUCAGCGUGGAGCUCAACCGCAUCCUCUUCAAGAUCAAAGACAUCCUGAAGCAGCUGCCGCCUGCCCAGUACAAGACCCUGCGGUUCCUCGUCGAGCAUCUGUACCGGGUGACCGAGCAAUCUGAGGAAAACAAAAUGACUGCGAGGAACCUGGGGAUCAUUUUUGGGCCGACACUCAUCAAACCGAGGCAGACCGAUGCCGAGGUCUCCCUGUCCUCGCUGGUGGACUACCCCUACCAGGCGCUCAUUGUGGAGCUCAUCAUCAGACACUGUCAGAUGAUCUUCGACACUCCUCUCAGCAACUCGCCCACCGAGGUCGGCGCUCGCCCGGUGCCCGCCCGGCGCCUUACUCCGCAGGACAAGGAGCGCAGACUGAGCAGGUACUCAAAGUCUGCGGGCCACGACCAGGAGACCGGCGCCAAGGGUUUUAAGAGACACUCCACUCCUUCACGUUUGUCGUCAGCGGACCCGGAGCUGCCAUACCCCAGUGGCUCUGAAGGAAAUGAAUUCCAAGGCGCAGAUGAACCGGAUUCAAAGACCUGCAACGGCGUUCGGCCCCAAAGUGUGACCGAUCCCCCAAAGCCCGGCGAGCGAGGACUCUCCCGCUCGCCGUACGUCACGGGCCCUUCCCUCCGACAGCACCGCCCCAGACUCGCCUCUCGGCCGGCGAGCAUGCCGGCCCCACGAAGCCACUACCGAGGCACGGCGGACGAGAAUCCCACCUGGGCCAGCGUGGACGAGGACGAGGACGAGGACGAGGACGGGAAAGGAGACGGCGCCAUCCUGGAGGUAAACAAAACCGAAUCCAAAGUGCGAGUGGGAACGUUACGUGGCAUUUGGAACACGGAGUACAAGCACGUUGCUUCCAAAGCGGCUAAAACCGUUCCCGGUCCGGACCUUCAAGCUGACGACGUCUCGUCCGGUUCGGCCCUGGAGGACUCGGGCGGUCCCAACUCCAACAGACCUUACAGCAUUCUCGCACGGCCCGCCGGAUUAUUGAGGAUGGAGGACAACGUCACCGUGUUCAACAUGGCCUCCAAGGGCUCCCGGGCUUCCAGGACCCUCAACCCCCCGCCAGAAACCUUCUACAAGCCGCCGUCGGCGAGUAAAGCCGGCGCCGAGGACGAGAAGGAGGACGUCGUCGAGAUGUCCGUAGACGACCAGGACCGGGCGGUCACAUCCCCGUCCCGAAGCCCGGAUCCUGAGGCACUGUACAGGCCGGUUUACCAGAGACCAAGGACCAGAUCCAGGCCCCUGCAAGAGGCGGAAAACCGAGAAGCUCACUUUGUUUAACCCGCCAGAUUUGAUCUGUUUUUUUUUUGUUUUUUUUGUUGACCUUGUGCAAUAAGAGGAUACGGAAGUCCUGCGUGGAGAACUAAAAGACCGUCUUUCUACCCAGGAUGCACUUCACCUCGCUUCCCACACAGCUUGGACUAUUUAUCCAUUUUAAAGCAUUUUAUGUAAAUACUUUGUACGCGGUCCUUCCAGACCAGGGGUCACCAACGCAAUGCCCGCCGCGGGCACCAGGUCGCCCGUAAGGACCAGAUGAGUCGCCCGCUGGCCUGUUCUAAAAAUAGCUCAAAUAGCAGCACUUACCAGUGAGCUGCCUCAAUUUUUUAAAUUGUAUUUAUUUACUUGCAAGCUGGUCUCGCUUUGCUGGACAUUUUUAAUUCUAAGAGAGACAAAACUCAAAUAGAAUUUGAAAAUCCAAGAAAAUAUUUUAAAGACUUGGUCUUCACUUGUUUAAAUAAAUUCAUUUAUUUUUAGACUUUGCUUCUUAUAACUUUCAAAAAGACAAUUUUAGAGACAAAAUACAACCUUAGAAAUUAUUUUAGGAUUUUCAAACACAUAUACCUUUUUUACCUUUUAAAUUCCUUUCUAUUCUUUCCUGACAAUUUAAAUCAAGUAUUUAUUUUUUUUAUAGUAAAGAAUAAUAAAUACAUUUUAAUGUAAUUCUUCAUUUUAGCUUAUGUUUUUUGGACGAAAAAUAUUUGUGAAAAAUAUGAUUAAAGUUAAAAAAAAAUAAUUCUGGAAAAUUAGAAAAAUCUGUAGAAUCAAAUUAAAAUCUUAUUUCAAAGUCUUUUGAAUUUCUUUUAAAAUUGUUGUUCUGGAAUAUCUAGAAGAAAUAAUGAUUUGUCUUUGUUAGAAAUAUAGCUUGGUCCAAUUUGUUAUAAAUUCUAACAAAGUGCAGAUUGGAUUUUAACCUAUUUAAAACAAUCCACUUUAUUUAUAUAACACAUUUAAACAACAAUAAUGUUUCCAAAGUGCUGCACAGCCAUGUUCAAAACAAUAUUAAAAAAUAAAUACAAAACGAUAUUAUGCUCCACCAAUGACUGAAUAAAACAAAAAAUAAAUAAAAAUAAAACCAAUAUGAUUAGAAACUAUUUUAAAGGGUAAAAUCAAUUAAAACAGUAAAAUAAAAAUCAAAGUGUAUAAAAAACAGAGGACCACACAACUCACGUAGUGUUAAAAGCCAAAGAAUAAAAGUGGGUCUUAAGACGAGACUUAAAAUUAUUAUUUAAAACAUGUCAUCAAAAUUCUAAAAUUAAUCUUAAUCGGGAAAAAUUACUAAUGAUGUUCCAUACAUUAUUUUUUUAAUUUUGUAAAAAGAUUUGAAUUAGCUAGUUUUUCUCAGCCUUCCCGGUAAGGUUUAUUCAGGUGUACUGGAGAGGAGGCUUCGCCGGAUAGUCGAACCUCGGAUUCAGGAGGAACAGUGUGGUUUUCGUCCUGGUCGUGGAACUGUGGACCAGAUCUAUACUCUGGACAGGGUUCUUGAGGGUACAUGGGAGUUUGCCCAACCAGUCUACAUGUGCUUUGUGGACUUGGAGAAGGCAUUCGACCGUGUCCCUCGGGAAGUCCUGUCGGGAGUGCUCAGAGAGUAUGGGGUAUCGGACUGUCUUAUUGUGGCGGUCCACUUCCUGUACGAUCGGUGCCAGAGCUUGGUCCGCAUUGCCGGCGGUAAGUCGAACACAUUUCCAGUGAGGGUUGGACUCCGCCAAGGCUGUCCUUUGUCACCGAUUCUGUUCAUAACUUUUAUGGACAGAAUUUCUAGGCGCAGUCAAGGCGUUGAGGGGUUCCGGUUUGGUGACUGCAGGAUUAGGUCUCUGCUUUUUGCAGAUGAUGUGGUCCUGUUGGCUUCAUCUGGCCGGGAUCUUCAGCUCUCACUGGAUCGGUUCGCAGCCGAGUGUGUAGCGACCGGAAUGAGAAUCAGCACCUCCAAGUCCGAGUCCAUGGUUCUCGCCCGGAAAAGUGUGGAGUGCCAUCUCCGGGUUGGGGAGGAGACCCUGCCCCAAGUGGAGGAGUUCAAGUACCUAGGAGUCUUGUUCACGAGUGAGGGAAGAGUGGAUGGUGAGAUCGACAGGCGGAUCGGUGCGGCGUCUUCAGUAAUGCGGACGUUGUACCGAUCCGUUGUGGUGAAGAAGGAGCUGAGCCGGAAGGCAAAGCUCUCAAUUUACCGGUCAAUCUACGUUCCCAUCCUCACCUAUGGUCAUGAGCUUUGGGGUCAUGACCGAAAGGAUAAGAUCACGGGUACAAGCGGCCCAAAUGAGUUUCCUCCGCCGGGUGGCGGGUCUCUCCCUUAGAGUGGGGGAAGAGUGGAUGGUGAGAUCGACAGGCGGAGUAAUGCGGACGCUGUAUCGAUCCGUUGUGGUGAAGAAGGAGCUGAGCCGGAAGGCAAAGCUCUCAAUUUACCAACCGGUCGAUCUACAUUCCCAUCCUCACCUAUGGUCAUGAGCUUUGGGUCAUGACCGAAAGGAUAAGAUCAUGGGUACAAGCGGCCCAAAUGAGUUUGGGUCUCUCCCUUAGAGAUAGGGUGAGAAGCUCUGCCAUCCGGGAGGAACUCAAAGUAAAGCCGCUGCUCGUCCACAUCGAGAGGAGCCAGAUGAGGUGGUUCGGGCAUCUGGUCAGGAUGCCACCCGAACGCCUCCCUAGGGAAGUGUUUAGGGCACGUCCAACCGGUAGGAGGCCACGGGGAAGACCCAGGACACGUUGGGAAGACUAUGUCUCCCGGCUGGCCUGGGAACGCCUCGGGAUCCCCCGGGAAGAGCUAGACGAAGCGGCUGGGGAGAGGGAAGUCUGGAUUUCCCUGCUUAGGCUGUUGCCCCCGCGACCCGACCUCGGAUAAGUGGAAGAAGAUGGAUGGAUGGAUAGUUUUUCUCUUCUUUUUUUUUCGGUUUGAAUUUUAAAGAGUCGAAAUUAAGGAUAAACUAUGUUUCAAUUUUUUUUUUUUUCCGUGUUUUCUCUUUUAAACCGUUUUUUUCAUCAUUUAUUCUCUACAAAAAACCUUCCGUCGAAGGAAAAAAAAUGUACGACGGCAUGACGGACAGAAAUACCCAUUUUUUAAAAAAUAUUUAUCUGUUUCUAUAUAUAUUUAUUGUGAGAAAUCAUUAAAAUGAUCAGUGUUUCCACAAAGUAAAUAUCAUUAAUUAUUAAUAACAACAUAGAGUUAAAGGUAAAUUGAGCAAAUUGGCUAUUUCCGGCAAUUUAUUUAAGUGUGUAUCAAACUGGUAGCCCUUGGCAUGAAUCAGUACCCAAGAAGUAGCUCUUGCUUUCCAAAAGGUUGGUGACCCCUGUUCCAGAUUGACCUCGUUUGUAUACCAAAAAAAAAAUAUAUAUAUAUAUAUCUCUGACUAGUGCAUGUUGCCACAACAACACAGGAGUCUGUUACAAACUGUUACACCCAACCUUUUUAUACCAAGCAAUAAAAAGACACUUUUGUAUUGACGCA